CCCGGCUGCGCUCUGAGCGUCCGGCCCCCAGAGCGCCACGGCCGGAGCUGCAGCGGCGGCGGCAGCAUCAUGGCCCCGACCCUGCUCCAGAAGCUCUUCAACAAAAGGGGCAGCGGCAGCGGCGGUAGCUCCGCUUCGGUGUCUGCCCAGGGCAGGGCUCCCAAAGAAGGACCCGCCUUUAGUUGGUCAUGUUCGGAAUUUGACCUGAAUGAGAUUCGCCUGAUCGUUUACCAAGACUGUGAAAGGAGAGGCAGACAAGUCUUGUUUGAUUCUAAAGCUGUUCACAAGAUUGAAGAGGUGGCAGCUCAGGACACAGAGGAUGUCCCUAUUAACGUGUCAGCCAAGUGCUGUCAAGGAAGCGGCAGUGUGAGCAGCAGCAGCAGCAGCAGCCUCUCUUCCCAGAGUUCUUCGGGGGGAUCUUUACAGAACUCUAAGGAGCAGCUCCCAAAGUACCAGUAUGCAAGACCGGCUUCUGAUGUCAACAUGCUGGGAGAAAUGAUGUUUGGCUCAGUGGCAAUGAGUUAUAAAGGCUCCACUUUAAAGAUACACUACAUACGUUCUCCUCCACAACUGAUGAUUAGUAAAGUCUUCUCUGCUAGAAUGGGCAGCUUCUGUGGGAGUACGAAUAACUUGCAAGACAGCUUUGAAUACAUCAACCAAGAUCCUAAUCUGGGAAAGCUGAACACAAAUCAGAAUAGUUUGGGUCCUUGUCGUACUGGAAGUAACCUAGCACAUAGCACACCAGUUGACAUGCCAAGCAGAGGACAAAAUGAAGACAGGGACAGUGGCAUUGCUCGAUCAGGAAAGCCAAUUGUUUUAUUCUUUACUCCUGCUGUUGGUAACUAUGCGGUAGCUAUGCCUGCUUUUCAGAGUAGUUUAAAGAAGAGAGUAGGAAUACCCAUGUGGUCAACUGAUGAGACUUUCAGCUUGGCUGAAGAAACCUGUAGUUCUAACCCAGCCAUAGUUCGGAGGAAGAAAAUUGCCAUAAGCAUCAUCUUUUCCCUGUGUGAGAAGGAAGAAGCACAAAGGAAUUUCCAGGACUUCUUUUUUUCUCAUUUCCCACUGUUUGAAUCUCACAUGAAUAGGCUGAAGAGUGCAAUUGAAAAGGCCAUGAUCUCCUGUAGAAAGAUAGCAGAAUCUAGUCACCGAGUCCAGUUUUAUGUCAGCCGUCUAAUGGAAGCUCUGGGAGAAUUCAGAGGGACUAUCUGGAACUUAUACUCUGUUCCAAGGAUAGCAGAACCCAUAUGGCUUACCAUGAUGUCCAGCACUUUGGAAAAAACCCAGCUCUGCCAGCGCUUUCUCAAGGAGUUUACUCUUCUGAUAGAACAGAUCAACAAGAACCAGUUUUUUGCUGCCUUACUGACUGCAGUGUUAACCUACCACCUGGCCUGGGUACCAACUGUCAUGCCUGUUGACCACCCUCCCAUUAAAGCCUUCUCGGAAAAACGUACUUCUCAGUCAGUAAACAUGCUGGCCAAAACACACCCAUAUAAUCCUCUCUGGGCACAGCUGGGUGAUCUGUAUGGAGCCAUAGGAUCGCCAGUGAGGCUGACUCGCACCGUGGUGGUGGGGAAGCAGAAGGAUUUGGUCCAGCGCAUACUUUAUGUCCUGACCUACUUUCUCCGUUGCUCUGAGCUACAAGAGAACCAGCUGACCUGGAGUGGGAAUCAUGGUGAAGGUGACCAGGUGUUAAAUGGAAGCAAGAUCAUAACAGCCCUGGAGAAAGGCGAGGUAGAGGAGUCAGAGUAUGUGGUAGUUACGGUGAGAAAUGAGCCUGCUCUCUUACCCCCCAUCCUACCACAAACAACAGCUGAGAACAGGAACCUCGGGCCCACAGGGUUGGCCGGGGCCCCAGAGGGCACUGACUUUACAGACUUGUGUCCCAAACCUGACAGAGAAGGAAGCAAAAGGCCAGAGCAGAGCUCUGAGCCUUGUAGCAUGGGAUUCCAAGGGCCAGCUUUGGGCACCUCUUGGCAACAUCAAGGCACAUUUUGUGAGGAUGAAGGAGGUAAAAAAGUGGCACCACAAGUUGGUUCUUUGAGACUAACCAGUUCUGAAAUUCUGGGGACAGGAUUGAAAAUCAGCCAACAGAUUGUCAGCGAGGAGUUGAAAGGGGAGAUGCCUAAGAAACUACCAGACCGGUCAGUGGCCUGGCCUUGCCGUGACAGACAUACCUGGGAGAAGCCUCCCUUAGAAAAGGUCAUUUUCCAAAUUGGAAGCUCCAUAUCUCCAGAAUCUGACCUUGAAAGUCGCACAAAGAAAAUGGAGGAGCAGCUAAAGGCCUGUAGACAGUGUCCAGAGUCAGCCAAUGGUCCCUCUUUUCAGUCCAGGGUGACCCCUGACAUGGCUCAGGUCCAGGAGGUAUCCAGGUGCUCUUUUAACUCUGGCUUUCAAAAGAAUGUCUGCUGGCCUCAGUAUCAGUCUUCUGAGGGGGAUGAAGGUGAGUUUGACAGGUGUUUUGCUGAGGACAGAGACAUCAAAACCAAUGUGGCUACAGAUGUUGCUGGUCAGCUCAACCAGUCUGCUGACUCAAUUGCUCCCUCUGACACUGCUGCUGAAACUAGAAAGCGACUGUUGGAGAAAACUAAAGGUUUGUGUUUGAAGGAGGCAGAAGGACCUUUGUUGGAGCCUGUUCCAGACAGGUGUGUACAGCAGGACUCUGGCCUCUCGGUCGGUGCAGAUGUCCCCUGUGGGGAUGCCAGCAGGAAAGCGGACUUCAGAAUUGAAGGAGGCAUUCCCAGAAAUGAAAGCUCAGACAGUGCUCUUGGAGACAGUGAUGAUGAAACAUGUGCUUCAGCCACGCUGAGUCUAGGGCACUGCGGUGACAGAACUGAAGAGUCCUUGGAGGUGGAGCUGCCACUGCCAAGGUCUCAGAGCUUCAGCAACCAGAAUGUAAGGAACUUUGGCCGGUCACUCUUGGCAGGCUAUUGCCCCACGUACAUGCCUGAUCUGGUGCUUCAUGGAACCAGCAAUGAUGAGAAGCUGAAACAAUGCCUGAUGGCCGAUCUGGUCCACACAGUGCAUCAUCCAGUGCUUGAUGAGCCAAUAGCUGAAGCUGUCUGUAUUAUCGCAGACACAGAUAAGUGGAGUGUCCAGGUUGCCACGAGUCAGAGGAAAGUCAUGGACAACAUGAAACUGGGCCAGGAUGUCUUGGUCUCAAGUCAGGUGUCCAGUUUACUUCAAUCAAUUUUGCAGCUUUAUAAGCUUCACCUCCCUGCUGAUUUUUGCAUCAUGCAUCUUGAAGAUAGACUACAGGAGAUGUACCUUAAAAGUAAAAUGCUGUCUGAAUAUCUUCGGGGACACACGCGAGUCCAUGUGAAAGAAUUAGGCGUUGUGCUGGGGAUUGAAUCUAAUGACCUGCCUCUGUUGACUGCUAUUGCCAGUACUCAUUCCCCUUAUGUGGCUCAAAUACUCUUAUAA